AUGUUUCAUUUCUUGAUAUUUAUAUCAUUUUUAAAUAUAAAAUAUAUAAUAACAACUCAAGAAUUAAAUAAUGAAUAUCCAAUUUGUCAAGUUUGUAGAUGCUAUAAAGAACUAAAAAUUGUUGAUUGUUUUAAAGGGAAUAAUGGAGAAGAAUUUAGAUUAAAUAUGGUAAGACUACCAGAAUGGACAGAAACAUUUGAAGCAUUUAAUUUAACUCAAUCAGAAUUCCCCCAUUUUUCAAUGCAUUCUGGUCUUAAAAAACUACAAAUUAAACAUUCAAAUCUUCAAUUUAUACAUCCAUUAGCAUUUCAACCACUUCCUGGAAUUGAAAAAUUAAUUCUGUCUGACAAUUUAAUCGAAAAACUUCCAAAAAAUAUUCUCCAAACUUUGAGAAAUUUAAAAGUUUUAGAUUUGAGUGGAAAUAAAAUUAACGGAUUGGAAGGAAUUGGGGGACAAUUAGGAAGUAAAGGGCAAAUACUCGACAGUUUGGUUAUCUCAAGAAAUCCUUUUUGCUCUUUUAAUACAAGUGAAGUUUUUAAAUCAACAAAUAUAUUAUUGCCAUCUUUACCUCUUUCACGUCAAAUUCAUAUUAUUGAAAUGCAAAGUGAAUUUAUUGAAAUAAAUGAAAAUGAAUGGAAAUUUAAAAUGAAAACUUCAAAGUCAAAAAAUUCAUCAGAUAUUUUUUGUAUUUUACCUUUUUCUCAAAAUAAUUGGAAAGUUUUGAAAGAAUUACGUGUUGAUCAAAAUAAGGAUAUUAAAAUUCAUCCAAAUGCUUUAGAGAAUAUAGCCUCCCUUGAAAUAUUUGAUUUUUCUAAUGGAGGUUAUUUUCCCGAAGAAUUCUUUUUUGAAUGGACUAAACGACCAGAAAUUAAAUUAAAACAAUUUAAAUUAAAAAAUACAAAAAUAUUUAAAUCGGCAUUUCAAAACAAUUUUUAUUUAAAUAAUUCAAAAAUAAAUGAAAAUAAUGAAGGAUUAAAUUUAAAAAAUAAUCCUUGGACAUUUUGCUCGUUAAAUAUGGAAUUGCUUGAAAUUGGGAAUAUUGGAAUUGGUUAUGAAUUAAAUUUAAGAGGAUGUAAAAAGCUUAAAUGGCUACAUGCAGAUAACAACAAAUUUGGCCAUUUAAUUUUUGGCGAGUCUUCUGGGCCAGAAAAACUUUUAUCCGUUUCAUUAAAUUCAAAUCUCUUUAAAGAAUGGCCAGAAAGUCUUUUAGAUGUCAGCCAUUCAUUGAUAACUUUAAAUUUGGCAAACAAUUUAAUUGACUAUUUACCAGAAAAUGGAAAAUUAUUAAUGACAUUAUUUCCUUGCCUGGAACAGUUGGAUUUAUCUGGAAAUAAACUUAAACGUUUCGAGGCAAGUUGCAAUUAUUUUUGA